UCGCGUCCAGGUGAGGCCGGCCGGCAGACCCCAUCCAUCCAUGGAGCAUCACCCGAAUCGACGUGUCGAAUCCACAUUUACCGCCGCACAAGCUCGCACCAAUGACUUCGCUCGCUUUCCCCUGCCGCGCGUCACCACUGACGCCCGCCUCCAUUUCCCCUCCCGUCCCGUCGCCGUGUAUAAAGAUCCGCCGCUCGCGACGAGCUGCUCCCCAUCGCCGCCUCAUCGCCGCCAGGAGUUCGAGCUCCCCCCGAACCGUCGCCAUGGCCGCCGCCGCUGCCGCUGCCGCACCGGUCAUCUCCCCGAAAGAAAAUCUGCCCCCUUCGCUGACCUCCACCUCCGAGCCCCCUCCACUCUUCGACGGCACCACCAGGUUGUAUGUUGCAUAUCACUGCCCGUAUGCGCAGCGCGCUUGGAUUGCCAGGAACUACAAGGGUUUGCAAGACAAGAUCAAGAUAAUCGGGAUCGAUCUCGCAGACAGGCCGGCUUGGUACAAGGAGAAGGUUUACCCACAGAACAAGGUGCCUUCACUGGAGCAUAACAACGAGGUGAAAGGAGAAAGCUUGGAUUUGGUCAAGUACAUUGACAGCAAUUUCGAUGGCCCAGCAUUGCUCCCUGAUGAUUCUGCAAAGAAGCAGUUUGCCGAGGAGCUGCUUGUGUACACCGACGAGUCCAAUAAAGCACUAUACUCAUCCAUAACCUCCAAGGGAGAUGUGGCAGAGGAAACUGUUGCUGCGCUGGAUAAAAUAGAAGCGGCCCUGGGAAAGUUCAGUGAUGGACCUUUCUUCCUUGGCCAGUUCAGUUUGGUGGACAUUGCAUAUGUGCCAUUUAUCGAAAGGUUUCAGAUAUUCUUUUCUGGUAUCAAAAACUAUGAUAUCACCAAGGACAGACCUAACAUUCAGAAAUUCAUCGAGGAAGUGAACAAGAUCGAUGCGUACACGCAAACGAAACUGGACCCACAAUUUCUGCUUGAACACACAAAGAAGCGGCUUGGGAUUGAGUGAAGAUGUGACCAAGGAUGACCAAGAGGCCAGGGAACUACUGCAGCAUGGAAGAUGAAGAUGAAGACACUCAGGAGUGUGCUUGCUUGCUAGUACUAUAUACUAUACUUUGAAUAAAAAGAUGCAUGCUACUAAGGCCCUGCCUUUUGAGAAUAAAUUAAGUGGUUGUUUUGUGAUUAUAGUCUUUUUAGGCGUUCUGUGAUUGUGGUUUGACAGUGUACAAUAUUGUGAGUAUGUACGUGCAAUUAAUAUACUGCCUAAUAUCAAUUAUCCUAGUACCUAGUA